UAUUUUCUCGUCAUGCUCGGGUCAGUUUCUCCCAUGUUAUAUAUAGGUCAUAGCCUCUCAAGUCACAACAGGGAACCGAUCUCUCUAUUCUCUGUAACGGUUACUUCUCUUUUCUAUUUUCCACUGUCUUUUUCUAGAAAAUAUAUAAAAAGAAAAGACACUGAUCAGUUGUGACUGGAAACUUGACUCCCUGCUUCUUGCCCUUGAAAUGGAUUAUAACAACAACAGCGACGACGACAAUAGUGGUGCUAAAGAACCAUGGAAUUGGCAUGGGGAGGAUCAUGAUCUCCAAAAGACUUCCAAUUUUGAAGAGCCAUGGAAUGGUGUGCUCCAAAAUGAAGAUAUUUCCUACAUGUUUGAAGAUGAAACUACACCAGUUAAGGCAUGUGGUGAUUUGGUAUACAAUGUUGACAAUAGUGUUUCGGAUGAUGUAGAAAAAGAAGUAGAGGAGGGGAGGGAGACUUCUUCUCAAGUCAAGAGGCGGCGGAUGCUACAAUUCAAUGGCCAGGAGAGGGAUCAUUCUCUUUCCAAGGAAGAGAUGUCUUUGCCAUAUUUUAAAUCAAAUGGGAAGGAGGACUUGAUCACGGAUGCUUUUCCUGAAGUGUCACAAUGGGUUCCUGGUUUAUCAUCAGAAUAUGCAUUAGGAAAUGCAUCGUCAUCGUCUGGUUAUGAAGACCUUGAGUCCACUGAAGGUUGGCUAGCAGAAUGCCUUAAUGAUAGCGAGAUGCAAUUCAGUCCCGAUGAUUUGAACUUUUCAGGGGCAGAGGAUAUUCAGAUUGAUAUUGCAGGUAGAUGCCAUUUUUUCCCCUCGCCGUUAGAAGGAUGCUGCUUCUUCCUUGAUUUUACCCAUUUUUCGUGUUUAGGUAGGAAAUCGUUUAUACAGACACCGCCAAAGUUGGCUUCUUCUGUGGUCUAUCCAUUUACUUUUGUUAAGCCUAGUGGUGCUCAUGGAGAUGUAACAUUGAAGGAAAUAAAUCAGCGGAUUCAGACUCCGCCGUCUUCAAAAUCAAAGCAAAGCAAUGAAGAUCCAUCAGCUUAUCCCAAAUCAGCCUUCUCGGGGAAGCCUGUCGUUAACAAAACAAAGAUUCGCACGGAAGGGGGAAAAGGUAGCAUCACGAUUAUGCGAACCAAAGGCUAACUUUUUUUUGGCUCAUCUAUUAAUGUCCUAGUUGAGUUUAUUUUCUGUAAUAUAUAGCUGCCGGAUUUUAGAAGUUGGUACUGCAAUGUUUUGUUCUUGUUGCCACUUAUAUCAUAUUACACCGCCUUAGUGUUUAUUUUCUUGUAGUGCAGUCUUACUUCAUCUUCUUCUAGCUGUUAAUUUGGUAAAUGAUUUAUGUAAAUCUGAAAUGUUAGUCCCCAGCUGUUGAGUUGACAAUGUUACUAAGCUUGCCUUAGCCUUUGUAAUUGAUACAUACAGAUUUAGUAUAUGGUCUUGUUUCUGAAACUGCUAAACUUAUGCACCGGUAUAUCUUUGUUAUA